AUGGCGGGCUCAGACGAGUCUGCCACCAUCACCAACAACAAUCCCUCUUCGACGACAGCCGCCGCCGCCGCCGCCGCGGGUACGGAGGCAGAUGACCAGCUACCGAAUGGCACUCAUGCACCAGAUGCGACUGCAACUGCACCAAAGCAAAAGCAAACUACCACUGUGGCCACGACGAGCGACAAUCCCGAGGUGGACGAUUUCGGCCUACCCAUUAGACGAUACGUGUUACCGCCACCCGAAGAGGCCGAUCACACGAGCGACACUCAAUCCGAACCGAACGAGUCCCAAUCGAAGUCAUUGCACGAUGGGCAGAAAAUAGACGCAAGUAACGAGACGGUUCCUCAACCGAGGAAAGUGGUUAUUGGCAAAGACGGCGAGUCUGAAAGCGACGAUGACGAAUUCAAAGAUGCACAAUCUGAGCAGCCGGCCACGGCCGCAGCUUCCGGGUCGACCUCGAACACACCAUCAAGCCCAGUAACUUCAAAUUUGGACAAAGAAGAAGCUGGUGACAAAUACGUGACAACCAGGAACGAUGACGGCAAGGCCAAUGACCAGGAUAUUCCGGCAAUUAGGGAAGUCGAGGAAGAGACGAAGGAUCAAGCCAAAGAGGUGGUGACCGCCAAGGCCAGCACGGAGACACCAUCAAAAACAGGAGUUUCAACGUCCGGUCAGACCGAGAGCAAGAACCAGGCCGUUGCGAUAAACAGAGAAACAGAUCGGGUCGAUGCAGAGGAAUCGCAGCAGACAGCAUCAGACACUAAGCCCAAUGGUUCCCAGGUGCAGCAGCCUGGGUCACCUGCAAAGCUCACUGACAAGGCAGACGAGCCCGAGCCUAAGAUGACAGAGCCUACCUCUCCCAAGGCACAGCACAAGAGAGACCAAAGCAACGCCAGCAAUGUCGGCGUGUCCGAAUUCUCCCAUCAACAACUGACGUCAGACAAGAAGGAGGACGAUGACAAGGAUGAUGGCGACUGGCAAACGAUGCCUGCAUUCGCCCCGUACGACAUUUAUGACGAUGACAACAAGCUCGUUGCAAAGGAGUUUACCGCCGAUGAAAUUGACGAAACCUACGGCUACGGCGGACUCGGGGGUGCUGGAAAAGGAUAUACCCGAGUAAUUAUGGACGAUGAUGCCGAAUCAGCAACGAGUAUGGAUGACAAUACCCAAUACCUCUUCAAAGAAGUGAAUGGCACGAGCAUCGGCGAGGACGAUAGCGAGGCUCGCGAUGCUGUCUCUCAGAUGCAGGCGACCAAGGACCUGUUGACUGAAGGGCAGAGGAUUGCAUACGUGGGGCUGACGAGACUGGAGGUUCAUAACAUGGUCAAGGAAGCCGAGAGCGUCGAACACACAAGGAGUGCGAAGAAGGACGUCACAAUGUCUGCCGAAGCGACCAAGAUGUGGGGCCAGAAGAUGAUGAUCCGGCUAUACACCCACAUGGACAUCAGCUCCGCCGAGCAGAUCAUGGUUGAACAACUUAGCGACCAUGGCGUAGUACCGUCGGACCUAACGCCGAUUUUGAUGGCUAACGCUCGUGUCAAGAACCCCAUGGCCGAGGACGAUGGAGAAUCGCGUAGCUCUCAUUCCGUCACAUCACCGAGGAGCUUACCGCCCCCCUCGCCCGCACUUUCUCAACAUGAGAAAGCAGCGGAGGCGCCACCGCCAUACGAAGCGCACGAGGGAGAGGAGCUCCCCCCUGUCAAAACUCCAGCCCAGAUGGUUACCUCUGACAAAAUCGACAUCGACCUACGAUGGACUGUGCUGUGUGACCUGUUCCUACUUUUGAUUGCCGAUUCGGUGUACGAUUGCAGAUCAAGAAUUCUUUUAGAGCGGGUCGGCAAGAGUCUUCAAAUCGACUGGCUUGAUGUCAGAAAGUUUGAAAAGAAGGUGACGGACGCGUUGGAGAUGCAGCAGGCCGCGGAACAGGAAAAUUGGAACGAGGACGAGCAUAUGGAGCACCGAAGGAAACAAGCUCUCAAGAAGCGCUACAUGAUGAUGGGUCUGGCUACCGUGGGUGGUGGCCUGGUCAUCGGCCUCUCAGCAGGUCUCCUCGCUCCCGUCAUUGGUGCAGGCUUGGCAGCUGGCUUCACAACGAUUGGAGUGACGGGCACUUCCACCUUCCUCGGAGGAGUCGGCGGAGCUGCCAUUAUCACAUCCAGUGCCGCGGCAUCCGGGAGCGUUAUCGGUGGCCGAGCCGCCAACAGGAGAACGGGAGCUGUGAAGACAUUCGAGUAUCGGCCAUUGCACAACAACAAGCGAGUGCAUCUGGUUGUCACGGUGGCCGGAUGGAUGACGGGUAAAGUGGACGACGUCCGUCUGCCAUUCAGCACCGUGGAUCCCAUUAUGGGCGACUUGUACUCCGUCUACUGGGAACCGGAAAUGCUUAGGAGUAUGGGUGACACCAUCAACAUCCUCGCUACGGAGGCCCUGACACAAGGUCUCCAACAAGUCCUGGCAAGCACAAUUCUGACCAGUCUGAUGGCUGCACUUUCCUUACCUGUUGUCUUGACCAAGCUGGCGUACCUGAUCGAUAACCCGUGGAGUGUAUCACAAGACAGGGCGUGGUCUGCAGGCCUAAUUUUGGCAGACUCUUUGAUCGACAGGAACCUGGGAACCCGCCCAAUUACGCUUGUUGGAUAUUCGCUCGGUUCACGAGUGAUUUUCUCUUGUCUUUUGGAGCUGGCGAGAAAGGGGGCUUAUGGCCUGGUUCAGAACGUCUACUUGUUCGGUUCUCCCCUGAUCAUCAAGAAGGACGAAUACCUCAGAGCCCGCACGGUUGUCCCAGGAAGAUUUGUCAACGGAUACAGUAGCAACGACUGGAUCCUCGCUUACCUGUUCCGUCUAACCGGCGGUGGCCCUCGUAAGGUGGCUGGCCUGGCUCCCAUCGAGGAUCUACCAUGGAUUGAGAACUUCGACGUGACAGAGUUCGUCAAGGGUCACAUGGAGUACCGUCAGGCUAUGCCACGUCUCCUCCGAGAAUGCGGAUGGCUCGUAGAGAGUGACGAGUUCACUGAAAUCGAAGAUGCCGACCCCGACAAUCACCAGGAGCGUCAACGGGAACUCAUCAAUGAAAUCGAGGAGGCUCGUAAGGAGCUUGAAAGGGAGGGGCAAAAGAAGAAAAGCCGGUUUUCAAUCUUUGGACGAGGAAAGAAGGCAGACAAGGAGAAAUGGGAGAUUUACGAAGACUCCGCGAAGGAUGGAAACAAGCCGAACCCGAGGACAGAAGAUAAGGAGGGUAACAACCACGGUGUGCUGUUUGACGUGGAGGCCAUUCGAGCCGAAGUCGCAAAGGAGAAGACUUCAACAACACAACAGGAGCCCGAGGAGUUCCAAGUAAAGGAGCUCAAAUCUACGCUUCCGCCAAUGAGGCUCGACCUGAAUUCUUCAAACUCAUCGCUCAACCCACGAGACAGUCUGCGCGAGACUAAGAGCGCGUACGCAGUGCCGGGCCGGGCUUCAUACGAAACGACGGGCUCAUACUCGUACACGCCGGAGAGGACGCCGACGUUCCAUGGGAGCCAGACGUUCCCACCGACGCAGAGAGCCGUAUCGCCGUACCAUUCGGCGCAGUCUCCACUCGAGGAGGAGGUCGAGAUGACGUUUGACACUUCCUUCCACGACCCGCCGCCCGCCCCGCGGCCGCCGCCAAAAGACGAUCCUCCUCCACCUUCACGGCCGGAGAUGAAGUCGGCGCAGACGGUGCCCAAUAUGGGGGCAUCAAACCCCUGGGCGGACGUUGAUGACGAUGACGAUUUUGGCAAAGAGAAGGAGAUCCAGAUGACUUUUGCAUAG